AUGUGGAUCCAGGUUCGCACCAUGGAUGGGAGGGAGGCCCACAGCGUGGGCUCGCUCUCCAGGCUGACCAGGGUGGAAGAUCUGAGGGAGAAGAUCCAGGAGCUGUUCCACGUGGAGCCAAGCCGACAGAGGCUUUUCUACAGGGGCAAGCAGAUGGAGGAUGGCCACACCCUCUUUGACUAUGAUGUUCGCCUGAAUGACACCAUCCAGCUACUGGUUCGGCAGAAUAUCGUGCCUCCCCCGAGCAGCAGCAACAACCAGGAAAGAGACUCUGAGCUUUCUGACACGGAUUCUGGCUACUGCCUGGGCCAGAGCGAGUCGGAUAAGUCUUCCACUAGCGGUGAGGUGGACAGAAAUGCAGGCUUAACAGAUGAGGCAAUAUAUGAAGAGACGGAUCUGGGCCUUUACAAGGUCAAUGAGUACGUUGAUGCUCGGGACACGGAUGUGGGAAGUUGGUUUGAGGCGAAGGUUGUCAGGGUGACAAAGAAGCCACCAUCCCAGGACACGCCUUGUAGCUCUACCUCAUCCCAGGAUGCACCCUCUAGUUCCACCUCAUCCCAGGAUGCACCAUGUAGCUCUGCCUCAUCUCAGGAUGCACCAUGUAGUUCCGCCUCGUCCCAGGACGCACCCUGUAGCUCUGCCUCAUCCCAGGAUGCACCCUGUAGCUCUGCCUCGUCUCAGGACGCACCAUGUAGUUCCACGUCGUCUGAGGACCCAUGCUGUAGCUCCACCUUGUCCCAGGAUGCACCCUGUAGCUCCACCUCCACGUUGGAAGAAGAUGAUGAUGUCAUUUAUCAUGUGACGUAUGAUGAUUACCCGGAAUACGGUGUGGUCCAGAUGAGUUCACAGAACGUCCGGGCCCGAGCCCGAGAAAUCAUCAGAUGGCAGGAUCUGAAGGAGGGCCAGGAGGUCAUGCUCAACUACAACCCCGACAAGCCGAAGGAUCGGGGCUUCUGGUACGAUGCGGUGAUCCAGCGGAAGAAGCAGACCCGGACAACACGGGAGCUGUAUGCUAACAUCAGUCUUGGGAGUGGUUCUCUCAGCAACUGUCGGAUCAUGUUUGUGGAUGAAGUUUUCAAGAUUGAGCGUCCUGGCGAGGGGAGCCCCAUGGUUGAAAACCCAGUGAAAAGGAAGAACAAGCCCUUCUGCAAUAAAUGCAAGGAUAACCCAAGCAAGCCCUGCCACGAGUGUUCCUGCAGCCUGUGUGGGAGCAAGCAGGAUCCUGACAAGCAGCUCAUGUGUGAUGAUUGCGACCACGCCUUUCACUUAUAUUGUCUCAACCCGCCUCUCAGCAGUGUUCCCCCGGAGACGGAGUGGUUCUGCCCUAAAUGUCGAAAUGACGCCAGUGAGGUGGUGUUGGCAGGGGAGAAGCUGAAAGAGAGUAAGAAGAAGUCGAAAAUGGCAUCGGCCACAUCAUCCUCGCAGCGGGACUGGGGCAAGGGCAUGGCGUGCGUGGGCCGCACCAAGGAGUGCACCAUCGUUCCAUCCAACCACUACGGACCCAUCCCAGGGAUCCCUGUGGGCACCAUGUGGAAGUUCAGAGUCCAGGUCAGUGAGUCAGGAGUCCAUCGCCCGCACGUGGCGGGCAUCCAUGGCCGGAGCAAUGAUGGGGCGUAUUCCCUGAUCCUGUCUGGGGGGUAUGAGGACGAUGUGGACAAUGGGGAGUUUUUCACGUAUACUGGUAGCGGUGGUCGAGAUCUUUCCGGCAACAAGCGGACUGCAGAACAGUCCUGUGAUCAGAAACUCACCAACACCAACAGGGCACUGGCUCUCAACUGCAAUGCCCCCAUCAACGAACACAAAGGGGCCGAGGCCAAGGACUGGCGCUCAGGGAAGCCGGUCCGGGUGGUGCGCAACACCAAGGGCCGCAAGCACAGCAAAUACGCCCCCACUGAGGGCAACCGGUACGACGGCAUCUACAAGGUUGUGAAGUACUGGCCUGAGAAGGGGAAAUCCGGCUUCCUGGUAUGGCGAUACCUUCUGCGGAGGGACGACGAUGAGCCUGGCCCCUGGACGAAGAAAGGGAUGAACCGGAUCAAACAGCUGGGACUGACCAUGCAGUUUCCAGAAGGCUACCUUGAGACCCUGGCCGAGAAGGAGAAGGAGAAGGAAAAGGAGAAAGAGAACAGAAAGAAGCCAACUGAAGAGGAAGAGGCGAAAGAUGAAGAGGAGGGAGAGGAGGAUCUCACUAUCAGGAAGGGCAAACGGAAGAGUAAGUCAGAAGGUUCCUGCUCCCUGGGAGUUACACCCAAGAAACCCAAGGUGGAGCCUUACAGCCUCACAGCCCAGCAGAAAAACCUCAUCAAGCAGGACCUGAGCAACUCUAAGCAGUGGACCGAGAUCCUCAAGUCACUCAAGGAUGGGCCGAAAUUCCUGAAUAAAGUAGAAGAAACAUUCCAGUGUAUCUGCUGCCAGGAACUGGUAUACUCCCCAGUCAGCACCGGGUGCCAACACAACGUGUGCAAGGAGUGCCUGGAUAGAUCCUUCAAAGCCCAGGUGUUCUCCUGCCCUGCCUGCCGCAAGGAACUGGGCCGAAACUACUCCAUGCAAGUGAACCAUUCGCUGCAGGAGAUCCUCACGCAGCUCUUCCCCGGUUAUGGCCGUGGACGGUGA